ACCAAAACGUGGCUUUCACUUCCCUUCUCCGAAUCUCUGCAGCAAAUUCUAGUCUGGCGUUUCGGCUCACCAAACAAUAUCACUCUCUCUCUAAUUUAUGGGCUUGUUUAGACCUCAUGCGUUGAAUACUUCGAUUCCAAUCACAACCGAAACGAUAACGAAACAUCACUUAUAAAGACCGCCUCAUUCACGCACUCAAUACUCCUUCCUUACGCUUCACCUUCUUCUAUUUUUUUUCUCUCUCUCGUUUCUGGACGAUUCGCCAAUAGCGACGCGUAGAUCCUAAACGUUGUCGUUUUGCUGAGAAAUCUAGCUUUGGAUGCUGAGAAGAUUGGUUUUCAAUUCUGUUAAAAAGAGGAACCAUGAGUACGCAACUUUUAGAAAUCCAGCCCAGGGAACUACAAUUUAUAUUUGAAUUAAAGAAGCAGAGCUCAUGUGCAGUAAGGCUUACCAAUAUCACCCAUCACAAUGUUGCUUUCAAGGUUAAGACCACUUCCCCUAAGAAAUAUUGUGUGCGACCAAAUGUUGGUAUUAUCUUGCCAAAAUCAACUUGUGAAUUUACUGUUACAAUGCAAGCUCCAAAGGCAAGUAUUGCUGAAAAGGCGUGCAAAGACAAGUUUUUAAUCCAAAGCACAGUUGUCGCAACAGGAACAACUGAGAAGGACAUAACACCUAAUAUGUUCAACAAAGAUGAUGGCAAGUAUAUUGAAGAGAUCAAGCUGAAAGUGGCCCUCAUCAGUCCACCUGAGUCUCCAGUAUUAUCACCAAUUAAUGGGAUGCUCAAGCAGGAACCUCUUCUUGGAGCUUCAGUGCUGAGAGAUCCAGUAUUCAGUAAAGUUGAGAAUACCACUCCACCACACAUGGUUGCCGAGAAGGUAGAAUCCCAAAUGUUUUAUAGUCAGGAGUUCAAAAAAGAAAAGGAUGUGGAGUUGAAGCCAAAUAAAGAUAUUGCUGAUCAGGAGUCAAACACAGCAAAUGAUGCAGAACUGAUGCCAAGUAACAAUGUGGUUAAUGUUGAGGAGGUAAAUCUGGCAAAUGAUGAAGGGUUGAAGCCAGAAAAUGAUGCCAUCAAUGAUAAUCUGGCAAAGGAUGAACAGUUGUCUAAACCAAAGAGUGCAGAAUUUAUAACAUUAGCAUCUGUGGAGGAGGUGAAGUUUGUCAAUGACAUUGAGGAGAUGAAGUUAAAACUGAAUGUACUUGAAUCAAAGCUUAAUGAGGCUGCAUCUACUAUUUCAAAAUUGUCAGAGGAGAGGAGAUUAAGCAUUCAGGAUAGAAAAAUUUUGCAGGACGAACUAGCCAUGUUGAGGAACAGGACCAGCACAAGAAGAGCACAAGUGGGAUUUCCUCUUCUUUUUGUUGUUAUGGUUGCUCUGAUCAGUAUUUUGCUUGGAUACCUUUCACACCCAUGAAUAUGAAGCCAUUAGAGAGUAUAUCAAAGUUUGUUAGUCCUUAGAACUCAAAACUGACUAAUUGAAUUCUCCAAGGAAUAGGGAUGGACCGUAUGUAUACAUGAUACUAUGAAUGAACAUAUUGAAUGUAGAGUGUCUGAUUCUGGCAAAAAGAUGAGAAAUAUUAUCUGUAGUAGUAGAUAAGUGGGUAGCUGUAAUAAAAUAUUUUAUUUGUUCAAUGACCAAUACCUCACUGUUGUUCGAUACAUUACUCCUGUAUUGAAAUCUUCCCUAAUAAAAAGUUGAGUUGAGAAUGAA